AAGCCGCAUAACGGUAAAGUUUUAAUAUUAAUAUGCCAACAAUAUUAAUACGUCUUAAGUGUGAGUCGCUUAGCAACCAGUUUGCCAUAGACAGCAAUGAGGCUAACUGAGUUCUGGUUCAAACGAGAUUUACUUUGACUGAACCAAAAAAAAAGACAAAUGAAUCGUGAUUCGAGAUGAUUUUAUAAAAGCUAACGGGGGUGUUGUCGUGCCCUCCAACGCUUCAAUUAAUCCAACGUCGAGUUUUACGCGACUCGACGUGAAUGUGGACACCGCCGCUAUCUGCGUAGAAAGCGUAAUAUCCAGGCUCAUCAUAUUUGUGCUCUCGUGUUUCGUCAGUGAUGCACUAUCCCGUGCCUUUCCCCCGACGAGGCAUGUCUUCUCCACGCCACACCACUCCUGCUUCGUCGCAUGAAUUAGCCGCGCCGUCGACUCUUCCCAGCUGAACAGGCAUCCCCUUUGCCGUGUUCAACGUUUGGUGUUCCGGGGCAGCUGUGCCCUCUGCUCCUGAAGGCAUCACCGUCAUGACCUCCUCUCGCUGCGAUUCUGCCGAAAUUCGCUAAAUGGGAUUCGUGGCUGGCCCGACGUUUCCACAGCAACUGGCCAUCCGCUUCCAUUAUUCCUCUAAUGAGGACAGCCACAAGGAUUUAACACGGAUCCUCGCUGCGCGUCUCUGAUUUUUGGGCUGAAUCUCAAGACGCGUCAAAGGUCUGCACAUGGGGGCGGGCAAGAGCAAGCCCAAGGAGCCGGGCCAGCGCUCCAUGAGCCUGGACGGCACCAUUGGCACAGGCUCAGACAGCGGGCACUUCCACCACCUGGGCCCCGCCCAACAGACCCAAACCCCUAACAGGAGUCCUGCCGUUGGGACAGGCAGGCGCGGGCAUCAAGGGCAGCACCAGCAUGCCCCAACGAACACUCCUGAGCUGGCUCUCUUUGGAGGGGUGGACCACACAGGCACUGUCACCUCACCUCAGAGAGGACCUCUGUCAGGAGGUGUCACUACAUUUGUGGCGUUGUAUGACUAUGAGUCACGGACAGCGUCUGAUCUGACCUUUAGGAAAGGCGACAGGCUGCAGAUUGUCAACAACACGAAAAAGUACAGCUUCAGAGAAGGGGACUGGUGGCUCGCUCGCUCCCUGACGACAGGAGAGAGUGGUUACAUCCCCAGCAACUAUGUGGCUCCAUCCGACUCCAUCCAAGCAGAAGAGUGGUAUUUUGGGAAGAUCACUCGGCGUGACUCAGAGAGGAUCCUUUUGAACUUACAGAACAGACGAGGAACCUUCUUGGUGAGGGAGAGCGAGACCACUAAAGGGGCAUAUUGCCUGUCAGUGCUGGAUUAUGAUAACACCAAAGGCCUGAAUGUUAAACAUUACAAGAUCAGGAAGCUGGAUAGCGGAGGUUUCUACAUCACCUCCCGCACCCAGUUCACCAGCCUACAGCAGCUAGUCUUCCACUACCGCAAGCACUCUGAUGGGCUGUGCCACGCUCUAACAGAUGUGUGUCCCGUGGCCAAACCUCAGACCCAGGGACUGGCCAGGGAUGCCUGGGAGAUCCCUCGAGAGUCCCUCCGCCUCGACCUUAAACUGGGACAGGGCUGCUUUGGAGAGGUCUGGAUGGGUACAUGGAACGGUACAACACGGGUAGCCAUCAAGACCCUGAAGCCUGGCACCAUGUCUCCAGAGGCCUUUCUUCAGGAAGCGCAGGUCAUGAAGAAGCUCAGGCAUGAGAAGCUGGUCCAGCUGUACGCUGUGGUGUCCGAGGAACCUAUCUACAUUGUGACAGAGUAUAUGAGUCAAGGUAGCUUACUGGACUUCCUUAAAGGGGACGCAGGAAAGAUGCUUCGUCUGCCUCAGCUGGUAGACAUGGCUGCUCAGAUUGCAGCAGGAAUGGCCUACGUGGAGAGGAUGAACUACGUCCACAGAGACCUGCGUGCUGCCAACAUCCUGGUGGGAGACAACCUGGUGUGUAAGGUGGCUGACUUCGGUCUGGCAAGACUCAUUGAAGACAAUGAGUACACUGCGAGACAGGGAGCCAAGUUCCCAAUUAAAUGGACAGCACCAGAGGCGGCUCUGUACGGUCGUUUCACCAUUAAGUCCGAUGUCUGGUCCUUUGGUGUGCUGCUUACAGAGUUGGCAACUAAAGGCAGAGUCCCCUAUCCAGGCAUGGUAAACCGUGAGGUCCUUGAUCAGGUGGAGCGUGGCUACAGGAUGCCGUGCCCAGCAGAGUGCCCCAGCUCCUUGCACGAGCUCAUGCUCUCCUGCUGGAGGAAGGAUCCAGAAGAGAGGCCUACAUUUGAGUACCUGCAGGGCUUCCUAGAGGACUACUUCACCUCCACAGAACCCCAGUAUCAGCCUGGGGAGAACCUAUAGAACCACACACUGAACCGACCUGAGGGAGAACCUCAACACAGAACGAUCUGCACUAACCGACCUCAGAGGAGCGCCUGUGGGAGGAUCUAAGCCUGUGAAACUCAUCUGGGAGGAACUUGAGAUUCUUCUGUGGAAGCAAAACCGAGAUAGAGACCUGUAGAAGUCCCCUCUGUGCCAUAAAGUAACUACUACAGAGGAACUUGGAGAACCUCCUUUUUGCAAGCACUCACUGUUUACUGUAGGUUCUCCAUAGUGCUAACCACAGUGGAGAACUUGUUCCUGCAGAAUUGAGGUUCAAGGCUGUAAAAGGAGGACAGACUCUGGCUAUUGAAAAGAUUCAUUUGAGGGAUUAAACUUGCGGGUAAAUGUCUUUGAGUGGUGCAACUGAUGUGGGAGGAACCGAAUCGGGAUCUACAGAUGGAGCGAGAGGGAAAAAGAAUAAACCUCCGGUCGAAGAGAGCAGGUCAAGGAAGGAUAUUUCAGUCAGGCAUGAGCUGUUUAGCGAAACUUCCCUCUUUCCCUACUCUGUGGCGUUUCUUCACCCUCAUCUGGUACCUUUUCUCGCCUCACCCACAGAAGAGCACUGCCACUGUGGCACAGGUGCCAAAGGAAAGUCUGUCUCUCUUCCUUUAUCUCCCCUCUGGCUCCCUAUUCCUCUCUUUCUGUCUGACUUUCAGUAUCUCUCUCCAGUUUUCUCAAGUGCUGCUUCUUCAAAGUGUCUCCAAAUAACUCUGCUCUGGAACUCAACUUUGCAUCUUUAUUUAUGUUUACUUGGACAGUACGCGUCCUGUGGUUUAUGGUUUUGUUCAGUGGCAGAUUAAGGUUCCUGAUUUUCUUUUUCUUUUUUUUCUGUAAUUAUCAAUAGGCAAGGCUGUUAGAACCACUAUCAUGGUAGUACUCAACAGGCAGGUUCUGUAAUACUGAAAAUUAGGUAAUCUGAAUUCAAAUUUGAGGCCUUUAUCUCUUCUUUAACCCUCCCUUUUUUUUUUUUUAGCUGUAAUUCUUGACACACGCUGAACAGCCAUCACGGCCUGCUGGAUCCAACCUUGAUGAUUAAAAAAUGAUUUUGAUGCAGGUACUUCUUGAAUGCUUGUCCUUUUGAUUGACUUUGAUUUUUUAACUGGAAAGUUACAUUAUAAUAAUCAGCACUGUGGUGGUGGCACUAAAGAGCAGUUUUAAGUUCCUCGGAGGCAUGAAUAGAGUAACUUUCAUCAAACAUUAAUGUGACCUACUAAGAGGAAGUGAUGGCUAUCAAACCAAUCAUAUUACUGAGAUGGGAAGAGUGUGUUCUGUGCCAAAAGAGAAUCACAUUUCUUUACUGCUGUCCAUGUAUAUAAGGUUUUAUUAUCAAGGGGCUUACUUGGGUUUUUAGUUCUUCUUGCUUAAAAUUUACAAUAAAGCACUGCACCAUUUCCCCAGCUAACUUCCCAUUAGUGAGUAAACAAGACAUACAAACCUGUUACUGUUUGCUGAAGGAGACAAAAGGUUUUCAUUCACUUGACUGCUGUCGUGUCCAUAUAAAAUAUGCAACCACGCGGCCCUAAUGAAACUGUAAACCUUUGAUCAGGUAACCCUAAUAAAACUGUGUUUAUGACUUGCUAUAAGAGUUGAUUUUGAAACCAGUUAGCAUGCUUUUGUGCCGUUCUUCUCUUGACCAUUGGCUGGGUUUGUAUUUAUGCUGUACUGUACAUCAACAUGUGUAUGUUUACUUUUACUCCAGGUUUCAGUAAGACGAGGGGAUCAUAAACAGACUUCUGAACAUUUGUGCCAUCAACCUAUAAUGAUUUUUUUUUUUUUAAUAUCUUAUCCACUGCUGCCAGUUGUCACUGUCCUACUGUACAUACUGUAGCUGUUUAGGGUUGGUUUUGUAUCAUGUAAGCCACUUUUAAAUGGCAGAUAUUUAUGUUGGGUGUCACUCAUUUCACAGUGGUUUGGUUUAUGAUGUAGUCGAUACAGCAACAGUAGAUAUAAACUUAUAGAUUGUUGCCAACAAAUACUAUGAAACCAGUUAUCACAGUAUUAGCCAAGCAGCAAUAAGAGAGAUGGUCAUCCAUGCCCACUAACACCUUGAAAUUAUUAUCCAGUAAUGAAUCAUGAUGGCUAAUUUAAUCAAUAAUGUGGAUGAAAAAGGAGUUUGGGUGGUGAUAUGACAUGCAAAAUGAGGUCAAAGAUGUAAAUAGUAUCUUAAACAAAUGACUGUGACUAUCAUGUAAUUUGUUUUUGUAUAGUUUUUCUUCUUCUCAAAUGAAUUGCACCUCCAUGCUGAGGUUUUUACAGUGACACACGCCUGCUGCCAAAAUGUUUUAAUGAUUAGAUGCUACUGCAAAUCAAGCUUAAGGAAUGUUUUUGUUUUUGUUUUUAGAUAUUGGACUCAAUAUAAAAUCAGUCUUUACCUCUUUUUCUGCAAAAGACAAUUUAAAAUUGGGCUUGACAUACACAUAUAUAUAUAUAUUGCCGAGAACAUAUUAUCAGUGCUUUCCUCUGUCAGAAUGGGAAUUACCCCUUUUAUUCUGACGCACUGAACCGCCUGUAAGUCACUGGGACAAUGUGGAAGUCGAUGGGCUCAUGACAAGUAUGAGUUACGCCAAGGUCUGAUUGGAUUUUCUGUGCCAUACUAAAGAAGUGUCUCAGUCUUUUUUUUAUGUUUAUUUUUUAUAAAUCUAUGCAGUUUCGGUCUGGCAUUCCUGCAACUUUAUGGCCAUUUUGUUCUAAAGUCAAAAACCAAUAUCAUAAACAGAAGGUGUGAGCAUUUUGUAAGGACUUCUUUUGUCUCUUUUUUUGUUUUUCCGAUGUAACAGGAUUGAAAUGGGUAUCGUGCCACUUUAUGUUGAUCUGUAAAUGUGCAAUAAAUUAUAUUUCAAAUGUG